CGGUUAGUUCAGCCGGCGGAAUCAAAUGGCAGCUGAUGGAUGGCCUUGACACCUGAUUUUUGCAUUUGCCUGUAGUGAUUCCCAACUAUGACAUCCAAUAAUAUGUACAGAGUUGGGGAUUUUGUCUACUUCGAAGUUGCUGCGGCAUCACCAUAUCACAUCAGAAAAAUCGAAGAAUUGAAUAAGACUCCCACUGGCGCAGUAGAGGCUAAAGUAGUAUGUUUCUAUAGGCGACGAGACUUAUCACCGAACUUGAUACAGCUGGCCGACAAACAUCAAAAAGAGUUAGGAACUUGCGGUGAUGAUACUCAACCGGAUAUACUGCACCAGAUACAUCAUCGUGAAUUGUUCCUUUCCCGACAUCUGGAAACACUUCCAGCAACACAUAUUCGUGGAAAAUGCAUAGUUACUCUACAUACCGAAACGGAACCUUAUCAUAUCUACCUGACGAAAGACGACACUUUUUUCUUUCAAUUAGUGUAUGAUCCGUUGCAAAAAACUCUCCAAGCUGACCAAGGAUCUAUUCGGGAAGGUCCUCAAUAUCAAGCAGAGAUUGAGCCUUACCAUCCUCUCCUAGAAUAUUCUACCGACGAAUCUACACAUGAACAGCUGCUGUGGCGACCAGACAACAAUUUAACUCCUUCAGAUCUAGACUCAUAUCUCCUCUUAAUUCGAUCUCUUGCUACAUUGGGCAGAUCUUUUUAUCCACCACAUAUUCUCCGUCAGCCAAACCUUACAAUGUCUGCAGCUGCAGCGGCCAGAGAUACCACACACCAGUUUGCUUUAGAUACUUUACAUUCUGCUAAUUAUAAUAUCUCGCAAGCACUUCAAAUGUUAGCUCCUCAUGGACAACCGAUCUUAAAGUUGGAUGAAAUGGAGCAGUGGUCAGCAAGCGAAGGCAAUCUUUUUGAAGAAGCGUUAGAAAAAUAUGGGAAGUGUUUUUAUGAAAUACAAAAUGACUUCCUUCCUUGGAAGUACCCAAAAAGCCUUGUGGAAUUCUACUACAUGUGGAAAACUACAGAUCACUAUGUUCAACAAAAACGUAUGAAGGCUAUUGAAGCAGAACAUCAUCUAAAGCAAGUAUACAUUCCAAAUUACAACAAGCCGAACCCGGCUGUUCUUUAUCCAGUUACAACUGAUUCUAGUAGCUCAGCAUCUGGAUGCGAGGGUUGUCCUAAUCUUACAUCAACUCUGUGGUAUGCUCUUGGUCCAUCUCAUUCUCCUUUAAAAGUUUGCGUUGAUUGUUGGAAUUACUGGAAGCGAUAUGGAGACUUAAAAUCCACAUCACUUUUGGAUAAAGUUUCCGAACCAAUUUCUUCCAAUCCAACAUGCGCUUCCAACUCAGAUUCCAAAACCAUGAGUGUCUCGAAAACUAAUAUUUCCAUUACUGAACUCCAAGCUCGUAAGAACUCACCCACUGUUUCGACUGACCACUCUACAAAGUCGAACGACUUAGGAGUUAAUAAUUCUAAUGCAUAUAUGCUAGCAUCUAAAGUUCGUACCAGCGUCAGCUUUCAUUUUGUCGCUAGUCUCACUCUUCGAAUCGCUCGUCGGCUGUGUGUGACUUCAAGUCCUCGACGCCGAGCUCGUCAACCAUUCAAACGCCUCACAUUUUUAACUGGUUUCCAUAAAGACACUCUCCCGUUGUUAACUAAACUUACUCCGGCUGAAUCUCAUAAACUUACAAAGCGAUUUCGAAAUAUAUCUGCGGUAAGCAAAUGCAAAUCCCGUGGAGUUGCCUUACAUUCUUUGGUCUCACGAUUGCAUAAAACAAAAUGUAGUUCAUCUAAUGGAGUAGAAACAGUUUUGGCUGGUGAACCCUUAUCUAUGAUUAUAGAAAACCCCAAAUAUGCCCCUUCAGAUACUGCUCUCGACUUAGCUGUGAACGGUUUGGUCACUACAUGUGAUUCCGGAAGUCUCAAGGAUCCUGGUUCGAUGCCUAACAGUGAUGAGCAUUCAGAUGCCGACUGUAUUUCUAAUAAGAACCCUAACGCGACAAUUCCUGAUGAUGAAUCGAACAUUGAAGUCAUGUCAAACAAUCAUGGGUGCAUAAAUUUGGGUCCAAAACGUCGUUUUACUGUUGGGUCUGAUGUAGAUGGUGCGUCAACUUUGAUGUACCGAGCCACUCAACUGAUUAAACGUUCUCGACGUAAAUUUUUGUCGUUAACUGAACUUCGUCGUUUCGGUCGUCAUCCUUGGUUUGAUUUUAAUGUGGGUUUACAUUCACAAAAUGGUCUACAUCCUGUUUCUUCAAAUUUAAAAAAGAAAUCUCAUGCCGUCACAACCAAUUCGACUACAGAAACUGAUCUUCCAAAUCCUGGUAUUGUUACUUCAUCGUCAAGUGCACAUUGAAUUCAGAAUAGAUCGUCCCAUUACUUCAUUUCCAUAAUAGGACAUUUUCAACAUUUUUGUGUUUUUACUGUUACUUUUGCAUGACGUUAUCAUGUCAGACAUUAAUACUGACAGUAUUGUAAAACUUAUUCAAAUCCUAUUCCAGUAUCGUUUUCACCAUUCAUUAGGUUCGCGGGGAUUUAAGUUAAGUAAUUUCGUCAUCAUUAUCACUUCAUUGUUUUUGGUGUAUAGAAAUGUAAUAUCUCUUCUUUUAUGCUUUCCUUGUUCUAAGUUUAUAAAAAAUGUCUUCUUCAUCUUGAUUCCAUUUUCUGUAUCUUCCUAUUUGCUCAUUAGGUUAUUUGAAUAAACUUGUAAUGUCUAAUUUUUUCAGUUAUUUAGGAGGGUGCAUUUAACAAAAUUCAAGUUACCGGAAAAUAUUACAUUCAAGGUGUUUAUUUUCUGUAAAUUUUUUUUCUCUAUUUUGUAAUUAGUCUAUAAAAUAGCCGUUGUUGGGUGA